AUGGAACAGAGUGAUUCCGUUUGGUCAGAGAGUGAAAUUGAAACUGCUGAAAUUCUUGCUCAUUUGCAUCAUACUUUCUCUUUGUUCAGCCAUGUGCCGUACUCAUGGGGGUGUAGAAAGAAGAGAUCUCCAAUUCGUAAUACACCUCCUUCUAAUGGCGGCGGUGCAGCCACCGUUGUUCCUCCUCCUCCUCCUCCUUCUAACGCCGUUAAAGUGAAAGCUUCAAGUCCAACAACCCCUCAUUCGUUUCCAACAACUGAAUCAGAUGACAAGAUUAAACAUUCCGAAAGAACAACUUCUCUCAAAAGGAAGAAAGAACACUAUCUCAAUAGAAUUGAGGAAUUGACAAAAACCAAAGACUCUAUCAGUCAAAAGAUGGCAAAUGUGAAACUUCAAUAUGAAGAAUUGAAGCUCUUCAAUUCCAAAUUAAGAGAGCUAACUAUUAAUGGUCCCAAAGGUGAAUACAAAAUUCCCAAUUUAGAGAUUAAUAAGCCAAUGAAAGUGAAUGAUAUCAUCAAAAAUUCAGUCAACAAUUCCAAUUCCACUACUCAAACUGAAGAGCACAAUCAUCCUGGCAACAAUUUAGGGGUUGGUCCAACGACGUCGUUGGGAGUGGCAUCAUCAUCUUCAAUGGGCCGCAACAAUGAUAAUAUGGGCCCAUUAUCCAUUCAUAAUUUGAACAUACCCUAUGAAGCAAUUAAAGAUUUGAGUAAAGUAAGAGAAGCUCAAGCAAGACAGAGAAGGAUUCACAUUUUGAGACUCAAGAGAAAUAAGGCCAAACAACACUAA